AUGAAACUUACCGACUACGUGCACGGAUCUAUACCCCAGAACAAUGACCGCCCGGCUUCUCAAGGCGCUGGAAAAACCAUCCCCGCUUCACGCCUGCGCGCUGCCGAGCUGGCGCGCGUCAGCGUCCCACCUACAAGGCUCAAUGGCUUCCCUGGAGCUCCCGCUCCCGGCAUCAACGGCCACCAACGCCUGCAGGGCUUGCAGGCCCCGGCUGAACAGCGCAGUGUUUUCAACCAGGGCCGUCUGGAACAUGGUGAUAUGUUCGAUACCGAUGUCGAAGGCAUCGACGACAGCACGACUACCAUGAGCCUCUGCAGAGAGGAGGAUAUCCCGCCGCCACCAGUGGCGGCUCCGGAGGAGCGCUUGGCAUCGCCGCGCAGAGGCAAGGAUAAUGGAAUCGUUGCUCGACGGCAUGAUGGUGAUGCGUCGUCGGCGUCGCCGCUGCAGGCGUUGAAUGCUGCGUUUGAGCCUCGGAGAUAUAGCUCUAUUGCGGAUCGGAUGAAGGAACUGGACUCGGAUGAUGACGGCCAGGUUGCUUCUCCCGUGCGGAAUCAUGAUCGUGUCGAGGCUUAUCCUGAUCACCAUGGCGCUGGCGGGUUUGAUGAGGAUGAGCCUACGAUUAAGGUUAGUGAUCUGGUAGGGUAUGGAAAGGAGCAGCAGCAGCCGCUGCCGCUUCCGAUGAGUUGGCAGCAGAUUGAGGCCGCUUUAAAGGAACCAAGUGAUAUCUCAGACCGCGUACACGUCUCUGAAAAUACCUCUACGAACCAAGCUGAGCUCCAGGGUAAUGGCACGGUUGAGAUCGGACAUGGUGGCCAUUUUGACGCCAUCCAGGCUACUACUACUCCUCGACCGCCUAGGAGUAUUCUCCCUGGAGGUCGGUUCACCCCCAGGUCGCGAUUUGUCACUCCCAGGCCUCCAAAACCCCCAACACCACUUUCAAUAUCUCGAAUUCCACGCCCAAUUUCUUUCCCUGGGAUGCCGGACCAGGCGCUCUCUCCUCUUAACGCCGAAUAUCGCGCAGACCAGCUUCCACUCAGCCCUUCCCAAACCGACUCGCACAACGACCAGUACCACACCAACCAAGUCGGCAUGUUCGACACCACCGAUCUCAGCGCCCUAGACAGCUCCGAGGACAGCAUCACCGAGCCCAACGCUCCAGCCACCACCACAUCCCCCCAACUAUCAACCCUCUCUCCCGUCUCCUCAAAACGCCCCUUCACCGCAUUCACAUCCGACUACCACCCAAACAUCCUGCAAUCCAAAUCUUUCUCCGACCUACACACCGAACCCUUCGACUACAACCCGGCCCCGGCACCGCCCGUCUUCCCCUCACAGGACCCAGAUCUGCCGCUGCCAGAGAAACUACAGCGCUUGAAAUCCCUAACCGACGACCAGCGCCGCACUUUCUUCUCGUCUCUCACCCUCGCCGAAUGGGAAGACAGCGGCGACUGGCUGAUCGAUCAGUUCAGCGCACUUCUGCAGAAGACGAAAGAGGCCCGCCGGGAACGGAGGCAUGUUGCAGCCGUGUUUGAAGGCGAGAUCAAACGCCGCUAUGAGCUUGUCGAGGGAGAAGCAAAGGACAUUCGGCAGCGGAUGGACAGCAUGAGAGCCGGCGGAAUGGGGGUGUUGAAUAACCAGGGACAAUGA